AUGAGGAGUAGAAAAAGUACAGAUGAAAAGAGAGAUUCUUCUACUGGUUUAGCUAAUUACACUGAACAAAACAGAAAGAUUAUGUUUGAUAUUUCGCCUAGAAAAAAAAAAAGAUCUUCGAUUGAUUAAAAAGAAGUCAAUGGAUCUCCAACAGAAAACAAUAACAAAAGAAUUGGUUUACUUCAACCCUUGAAGCUGUUAUAAGAGUAAAUAUAAAAGAGAUAGCAGAAAGUUUAAGAAAGCAUUGAGGAACACAAAAAGAUAACUUCAUCUAACUAAAUAUUAAAAUCUUCAUAAAAAAUAGCUGGAAAUGAUAAAUCGAUGAACUAAACGAAUCAAUUUUUUGGCUCAAAGUUCGAAAAUACAUUCAGAAAUUUAUAAAAAUCACCAAAUAAUAAUUAAAAUGCAGCUUUAAAAAUCAGUCCUCCUACUUCUUCUUUCAAGCUGGGAAUAAUAUCACCACCUAAAAAUUAAACUUCUACUAUUGAGACAGACUCCAUUAUGUCUAGAAAUGAUUUAGGCAAUAGUAAACAUGAAAUUAAAAGCAAAAAGACUAAAAAAUUACAGAACAUAUUCAGAGUAAUAACUAUGAUGAACAAAAAGAUGAAGAUUAAAAAGAAAGACAAAGACACUGUAUUUUUCAAUAGAUACAUCAAAGAAUAUGAACAUGUUGACACAUAUUUUAAUGUUAAGCAAGUAUUUUAGUAACUGAAUCCUCUCAAUAAACCUACUCCUUCUAUUGUUAAGAGAGGUGAUGAUUUAGGAGAUAAGAAGGAUAUCAAGAAUAAGGAUUACUCUAAGGAAAUAAAUGAUCCUUUUGAAAAUUAAGCUUAGCUUAUAGAAGAGAAUGAAGAUGAUAAAAGCAAUUCUUCUAGCGAAGAAGAAGACGAAGAUACAAAAAUAAAUGAAAAACAUAAUUCUUAAAAAGGUGAGAAAAGUUCUUCAUUAAACUCGAAGUCAUAGUCAUAACCUUAAGGAAUGUCUCUUUUGAAAAGGCUUUUUUAGAAGAAUAAUAAUUAGGCUCCUUAGAAUAAUUUUAAAAAUAACUCUGAGUCACGAUUUGCUUAAAAGAAAGCAAUGAAAAAAGUAGAUUUAGAAGAAUUAAAUACACAAAAAUUGAUGAAGUUACUGCAAAGUUUGUAAAAUUCUUAUUAAAUAGAGGAUAUUAAAGUGAAAGAAGAUGAAGAAGAGAAUUAAGACGAUUUAUUUUAUGAUAGCUUGCACAAAUAGUUGAUUAAAGCUUUAAGUUAAGAACCGAAUGGACAUGAAAAAAGCAAUAAUUAAUUAAACUUUUGGUAAGAAAGAGAGAUUGAAACGAUAAAUUUCUAGAUCAAAAAGGCUCACGAGCACAAUAGGAAGGUAAGUGACAUGAGAAAUUCGUAUAAUUAAAGUUUGAUUGAGAAUAAAUACUUAGAGUUUAAAAAGAAAUCAGAUCAAGCAUUGAAGCUACUGAAAAAAGGAGGAUACAAAAUUUAUAGGUCUAAACUAAAACAAAUAGAAGAAGAAGAAAAAAUGAAUAGGCAUAUCAUGGAAACAAUUGAGAGAUUUGAGCAAUUCAAUUAAAAAAUAAAGUAUAAGCCGAUGCAUCAUUAGCAUUUUUCUCAUAAAUCAAUUAACUCAUAGAAAUAAAUAUCUGCUGUUUUAGAUAAUCAAACAGAAAUUAAAAAGAAGAGUCAUAUGGUUGCAGAUAAAAUGAUGUAGGAAUUCAUGUCAAAAAAUAGAAAAAGCAUAGUUUGUUCAUCAUUACCAUAUAGCAUUAGUUAAAGUAAGACUUAAAAUUUUAACAAAGGUUAAACAUUAAAUUUUAGUAAAACCAUCUAAUUUCCCAAAGAAAAUAAUAACUCAAUUUAGAAAAAUGAAGUUAGUUUUUAGUUAAAUAAAGAAAACUUACCUCUUAUUGAUAAGAGACGCUCAAGCUUAACCAGCGAUUAAAGCAAGUUAAGCAGUCAGUAUUCAAUUUGCUAAUCUAAAGUUAAUCCGAGGAAAACGAUUGGUUUUAAAGAUUUGCAACAGAGCCCUAGUUUCUCAAAGCGAUCGAUUGAUUCAAAGAUAACCUAAAAAAGCAUAUAAGAAAUAUAUUUAACUGAAUAAAAAAUAACAAUUGAUGAAAAAGAAGCAAAAUAACCUGAAGAACACUUAAAAGGAGUGGGAACCUUAGACUUUAAUCUGAUUAAUUCAUAAAUUAAAGACGAUUAUAUUUUAUAAAAUAAAAGAGAUAGUUUUCAUUCUAAGAUAUAGAGUCCAUCUUCAAAAGAAAAGAAAAGCUCUAAUAAAACAAUUUAAUUUAAAGAAAAUAUUUAGAAUAAUAAUAAUAUGUUUUUAUCCACUAAUCUUUCGCCUACAAUUAAUAAGACACAUCACAAUCAUAGUAAAAGCCUUUAACAAAAUUCUUCUCCAUUUAACAAAUAAAGCAAUCUUAAAAAAACGAAUAGCUUCGCAAUAAAUAAUUCUCCUUUAAACUAAAAUUAAAAGCAAAUGAACUUUUCAACUUUAAGUAAUAAAAAUUCUUCUAAUAACUAAACCCAUAAAAGAAGAAACACAAUAAUGAAUGUAUUUGCCCUCAAUAAAAAAUAAUCAUCAAAUGCUAGCUAAUUUAGUAAUCAGCAAAGCCCAAAAAUUAAUAAAGUGAAUGAAGAAAAUAUGCCUUUGAUAAGCUCUUUUGGUUAGUAGAGUCCUAAGUUUGUUUAAAUAGAAAAUAUUAAGCAACAAGAAGACACUGUAUAGUUAUUAAGAAGAAGAAGCAGCACUUAACAUAAAACUGUAAUCAUAUCUAGUCCUUCUUAAAUACAAAGGAAAGUAAAAAGAACAAACACUGUGCACUUCUAAGAAAAUGACUCAGAUUCACCUAAGGUUAGCAAUUUUUCUAAGGAAUUGAAUGCUUAUAAACUGUAAGAAUAGUUAAAAUAUUCACCUUAAGUGGUCAAAGCUAAAUCUCUUAUAAGUUAAAUAUUUAAAAGGCCUGAAAAAUUGCAAAUAGCACAAAUAAAAGAAAAAGAAUUUUUCCCCUAGCUUGAUUUUUACAGAUAAAAAAGUUUCCAAAAUUUAGAAGACACUUAUCAUUAAAACCAUUAAUCAUUCUGCACAGCAGUUGAAAAAAGAAACAAGCGUAUUUAAAAUCAAUACAGUCUUCUUAAGUAGAAAGUUGUGGGAAACUCACAAUCAUUAUCUGAAACUCCCACGAGUAGCUCUAAUUUUUAUAAUUCUACAAGUCAUAGUUAGAAUUAAAAAUCUAAUUAGCCCUCAACUUUUUACUCAUCAAAGUCACCCCUCAUUCUGUUGAAAGAUCAUUUGAGAAAAGUGUCUGCAUUCUAACAAAAGUAUUCAAACAAAGUGCAAACUCUUCUAUAUGACCUAGAUUUUGCCUAAGAAGAAAAUACCUUUGUGAAAGGCCAAAUGAUUAGAACUGUGAAUGAUUCUUGUAAAUCUUACGAAUAAAUAACUAGUUAAAUCUCUCCUCAACUUGAAUGCAUACGCGAUUUAUUUGAGUAAUCAACUCAAGAUACAAAAAACAAAAAACCAUUCAUUUAAAAAGCAACCAUUUAAAAAAAAAAAAUCUGA